AUGGGGAUAAACGCGUCCAAGCGGGUGGAGAAGACGCUCUCCUCGUCCCCAGAGCUCGACGCAGCCUGCGACGCCGUCUACGACGACUGCCUGGCACUCACCCAACACGCUUUCCCCGGGGUGCGGCCGUACCAGCUCCUCGACGCCGCCGCCCGUCUCCACGCCGUCCUCUCCGACUCCCUCCCACUCGUCCGCCGGUGGGUGCCCUCGCCGCCGGGCCAGGCCGAGGUGGACUCGGCCCUCCGCCACGCCGUCGGCGACCACCGCCCCGCCGGCGGCUGCCUGAGCCGCCCAGAGUUCAAGGCCUUCGCGGUGGAGCUGUUCCGCGUGGCGGUCCUCUCCAACGCGGGGGGGACUCUCCUCCGGUGGGCGCCGGUGGGCAUGGCCGGAAUCGCCGGGUUCGGGCUGGUGGCGCGGACGGGGAGGGAGGUGGUGGGGAGGGUGAUGGGGGUCUACGCCGUCGGCAUCGCGGCCGCCGUCUAUGCCAGCUUGACCUGA